ACGUCAAAACUUCGAGACCCCGCAACGUUAUGUCAAAAUUAUAGUCUAAUCAAAAUUUUUAAUGUUUUAGUUUUAAUAUAAAUUUCAGUGUUUUAAAAAAAUCAUUACAGCGUAUUUAUACUCCUAUAUAAUAAAAAUCCAACAUGGCAAAAAAACCUUUAGGGCCCGGCCCCGGCGCGUACCUGCUGCCCACGACGGUCGGCCACCAGCAGCACGACCCAUCGCGCUACCGGAGCCCCAUGUACUCGUUCGGCGCGGCGGCGGGGCGGCGCAUACGCGCGCUGGGCCCCGGGCCCGCCUACCGCAUCGACCGGGUCACGCGGGACGGACUCGUGUCCGCGCCCGCCUGGAGCUUCGGCGCCAGGUUUCCGUCGCGCGCGGCUACUCGCGCCCCAGGGCCGGGCUCGCACGCUCCCGAGCGCUGCCCCCCGAUGAAGGACCCCCGCGCUCCUGCCUACUCCAUGGGCGCUCGACUCGGCUUCGCACCGAGACGGGCCGGGCCCGCGCCUAACGCCUACGCGCUCAAACUAGGCUCUGGCUCGCCGGCUUAUACCAUGGGCGCUCGGGUCGGGUUCCAAGCUAAAGCCAAGUCUCCGGGACCUGCGGUCUACUUCCAGAGGGACGCUAACGUAUACAGGACGAAACCGCCAAUGUACUCGCUGGGCGCGCGACUGGGGGCGGCGCUGCGCGGGGCCCGCACCCCCGGGCCCGCCGCCUACCCGCCCAACCUGUACAAUACUAAAAAGAACCCGUACGCGUAUUCAUUUGGGACGAAGCACGCGGACUGGGCGCCGCCGAUGAUCAUCCGGGAAGACACCAUGGACUGUCUGUAGCCGGGGGCGGGGGCCGGGGGGGGCUCCGACAAGAGUCCGCACAGUUUGAGAAAAACAAACACUAAGCGAUGGUGGUUGUAAGAAACAUUGUACUAAAUAAAACAGAAACACCGCUUAAGGAACUUUACCAAAUUAAAAUGGUUUUAUAAAAAUGUAUUCGCGUGCGUCGCGUGUCGGUGUCAGCGCGACACUGACUUUGUUAAUUUUGAGAUAAACUCUAUUCUGUAACUGG